CGGAUGGGUGGUUCUUUCUGAGAGGCGUUGCCAUACAGCGACUGCACCAGGAAUAUAUACCCGCAGUCACUUACUCUGUUUCAUACGUUGCGCACCGCGUUGCCAUUUCUAAGCACCGCUUACUUCGCCGUGUGAGUUAUCUUGUGAAACGCUGUCUUCGCCAUGGCCGACUACAUUCACGUCCCAGACGAGGCUCCCGCUGUGCCCAAAAUAGAUGUGACGGUCGAUGAGAACGACUACCGACCCGGUGCAUUGCGGCUAAUGAAGGAGCUCAGACCAAGCUGGAAGCCGUCCGAAAUUAAAAUGAAGUUUUUCACUGAUGGAAUAACCAACAAGCUGCUUGGCUGCUAUGUGGGCGCAGUCAUGCAGGAUGUGGUCCUGGUCCGCAUUUAUGGCAACAAAACGGAGCUGCUGGUCGACCGGGACAACGAGAUUAAAAGUUUCAGAGUGCUGCAUGCGCACCGCUGUGCCCCCCGCCUUUACUGCACCUUCAACAAUGGCCUCUGCUACGAAUUUCUGCAAGGAACCGCCUUGGAACCGGAGCAUAUCCGUAGCCAAGCUGUUUUCAGGCUUAUUGCGAGACAGCUGGCCAAGUACCAUGCCAUCCACGCCCACAAUGGCUGGGUUCCCCGCUCUGACCUGUGGCUGAAGAUGGGCAAGUACUUUGCGCUCAUUUCCAAGUGCUUCCAGGAUCAUGACAGGUUGAACAUGGAGGUCCCCGGCCCUCAGUCCCUCAGCAAAGAGCUGCUGUGGCUGCAGCAGAGCUUGUCAGUGCUGGGCUCUCCUGUAGUUCUUUGCCACAACGAUCUGCUUUGCAAAAACAUCAUUUAUAACCAGAGGGAAGGCAGUGUAAAGUUCAUUGACUACGAGUAUGCAGGGUACAAUUACCAAGCCUAUGAUAUUGGGAAUCAUUUCAAUGAGUUUGCUGGCCUGAAUGAAGUGGACUAUAGUCACUACCCGGAGCGGGCCUUUCAGCUACAGUGGCUGCGCUCGUACCUGGAGGCCUACAAGGAGCACAAGGGCCAGGAUGGUGAGGUCACAGACACAGAGGUGGAGAUCCUGUACGUUCAAGUCAACAAGUUUGCUUUGGCGUCUCAUUUCUUCUGGGGUCUCUGGGCACUGAUUCAAUCCAGGUUCUCCACCAUCGACUUUGACUUCCUUGGAUAUGCAAAGCUGCGCUUCAACCAGUACUUCAAGAUGAAACCAGAGACGGCUGCUCUGACAUUACCCGAAUAAAACUUAACAAUUUCUCUCUUCUUCUUCCUCCUGCUUUCUCCCUGCCUGCACCCUCAUAUGAUGACUGCAGGGCGCCCUCUAGAGGACUGUGUUGAAAUUCCCUUUUGGUUCCCAUUGUCCUUUCUUUCCAAAGGAAAAUGUACCUUAUGGGUUAAAAUGGAGGACCUGUUAUAAUGUGAAGCCCAUGUGACUAAAUGGUUCUUAUUUAGUCAUUUUUGUACUGAUACUAUCUGGGAUGUGGGCAUUAGAUCAGCAUACUGUACUCUGUACUUCACUGUAUAAGCUGUUACAGAGACAAAACAAAGUCUCCUUCAAAACAGAUAUGGAGCAGGCACCUGAUAGGCUGGGAUUUUUUUUUUCUAAUCUGGAUUAUAAUAAUACUGGCAAACAUGGAGAGACUUAAGGGUAAAAAGGAGGAGAUAAAAAAAAAAAAAAAAACACGACACAAAGGCGGUUUUGUGUUCCAAGAAAUAGAUACGGGACGACUCCUUUUUGAAUCUCAUGUGAUACGAGUUUCGUUCCCCACCCCUUUCCUCCUGGCUUUGUUGUCACCCUUAUGUUACCUUGUACUGUACAUAUAUGGGUGCUACACCAGAGUAGCCACGCAGUCACUGCUGAGCAGCUAGACGAGGGCUGUUUUGUUUGCAAACAGCGACUUGUAGGAAGGCGUCACGUGUUUAAUUCUGACGAGUUGUGAGUCACUGGAUCGCCUUUUCAACUUGGUGUAAAUUUCAUGCUUUCUUUGGCACUUGUAUGUUUUUCUUUUUUUUUUUUUCCUUUUUUUUUUCAUGGUUAGCUGCUUCCAGGAAUUUGAACAUUCCAUGUUCAUAAGGUCGUGCAGGAAACAUGGUUGCACCCGUACGAUGGGUCAGGAGUGCCAGCGGGAUUGAAGUCGCUACUGUUUUAGACAAGACCAAACCAUUACACUGUCCGUAUGGGGAUUCUCUGUGGUAUUCCAUCAGUUUGCUGUUCAGUUCUGGUUGUCUUCGUGUGCUACACACUGACCACUCCUAAAUCGAACGUCUCAAAUGUCUGAGCCAGUGCUUGGAGACGAGGUGCAGCAUGGUGAAUGUUCUUGUUUAAAAUAGGCAUGGGCUGGAAUGCCAUUUCCAGAAAUGACCUUUGUAACAAAAAUAAUCUCUAGAUUUAUACACCAAAUGUAAAAUAAACAUGUAAAACAUGAUCCAAUUGAUUUUGUUUUUAGUGGAAAAUUCCUACUGCUAUUUAAAACCGUACGACAUUGCUUAGUGGUUAUGUUUUAGAUUAUUUUGAUACCGAAAUAUAGAAAGAACCCGAGCCAAAUCUGGUUGGAAUCUUCAAGCAUACAUGCUCGUUACAGCUUUUAGCAUUGGCAGUCUAACUAGUCAGGACAAACUUUGGUCACUGUGGCACAUUUUCUGGCAUCUCAUCAAAAGGACCAUAAAUUGUAUUUUGUUGUUUUCGUUUCACCUUGAUGUCGGUAAUUGGCCCAUGCCUAGUUUAAAGCUCAAAUUAGUCGGAUGACGAGUUUGUUGGGGAGGGAAAUGGCCUCUUGAUAUCAAAAACCGAUUUAUUCUUCACUUUCAAACAAGCCAAGACCAAAGUGCUGCCACCUUGCUUGUACAUUGUGCACAUUUCUGUUUUGACAUGGAGUUAGUUCUAUUUUUUUAUGUAUAUAUUUUGAAAUGGAGCUCCUGUUCCACGGACACAGUCCAGCCUGGAAUGUUGUGUGAAAUGUUUCUGCACAUUACCUGCUAAGGAGUUGGUUUCCCUGUGUGACAUGUGAAAGCACAUAUUUCACACUUCUAGUAAGUGACUCUUGGAGCCUGUUGACUUGUUUUUCUUGGCGACGUAGUGAAGAAUAAACUGACAGUUUGAGUUGAACCCAAUCUAAUGUA